AUGACAGACGGUCAUGUAUCAAGAAUAAGACUAGAUGCCAAAAAAUUAUCUCAUUAUGAUCAAUCGUUUGAACAGCAUUGUUCAUCAUCAUUUGAACUGAAUCCUCGAAUUACUUCGGUUGUUCAUAUUUCUGUUAGACCAACUAGUACUACCCGUCUGCCUUUAGAUAAGAAAGACAAAAAGCGUAUCAAUCCUAAAUCAGCAACUCUAACAACUCAUCAAAGUCGUAAUAGAUUUGAAAAUUCAAUUAAAAAAGAAAAUUUAUUCAAACGAUCAUUAAGUGCAACAUCUUCUGUUAGUGUGACUAGAGUUCGUCGUCCAUUAUCACAGUUUCGUCAAAAGUCAUGGAAAUCUACUGAUGAUUUAAAUCAAAAAUUUAAUUAUGUGAAUAAUUACGAAAUAGAUUCAACUAUCAAACAACAUUGUUAUACAACAGCCAAAAAUACUAUUACCAAUAGAACAAAUUCAACAAAUUCUAUUAAAAAUAAAGAAUUAUUUGGAACGGUAGAAGAUCUAACAAAUCCUACACAUCAAUCUCAUCAAUCAUCAAAAAAUAAAAAGAUAAAAAAAUGGUUAGAAUAUUGUUGCCGAUGUUCACGACGACGGGCAUGUGCAUCUGUAUUUUGUCUUAUUCUUCUUGGUAUAAUUAUCACUAUUAUUCUUCUACUAAACAAAUCAAAAACAACAGCUAUUAAACCUUCUCUUAUAGCCAUUCUUCGUUGGAAUACUACUGGUAUAACAUUAUUUGGUACUACAGGCAUCAGAGGAAAUACAUCUGAACAAUUUUCCAGUCCUUUUGGUUUAGCAUUUGAUUCAUUCGAGAAACUCUAUAUCGGUGAUAGAUAUAAUAAUCGAAUUCAAAAAUGUGAUAUCAGAGAAUUAACUUGUACGACAAUAGCUGGUCAAGCAAAUGCAGUACGAGGAACUAAUAUGAGUGAUUUGAAUGGACCUACUUAUGUUUAUAUUGAUUCAAAUGAUAAUUUAUAUAUAGCAGAUUCUGAUAAUUAUCGUGUUCAAUUUUGGAGUUAUGGUGCAUCUUAUGGUACGACAAUCGCUGGAAUUACAGGUUCUUCAGGUUCUACAUUAAAUAAAUUUAGUAUUCCCUAUGGCGUUACAUUAGAUUCCAAUUCAAAUGCAGUAUAUAUCGCAGAUUUUAAUAAUCAUCGUGUUAUGAAAUACUUAUCAAGCAGUUCAUCAGGUACUAUUGCUGCUGGUGGAAAUGGCUUCGGAACAAAUAAUACGAAAUUAUAUCGUCCUGCUGGUCUCUAUUUCGAUUCAUCAACCAACAGUCUUAUCAUUGCUAAUUUUGGUGCAAGUAAUAUUGUUCGUUGGGUUUUAGGUGAUAAUAAAUGGACAAUAGUUGAAGGUGAUGUUAAUGGAUUGAAUGGUAAUACAUCAACAUUGCUGGAUCAUCCUACAGGUUUCACAUUUGAUCCCAUGGGUAAUAUGUAUGUAGCUGAUAUGUUUAAUCAUCGGAUACAAAUGUAUCCAGUUGAUCAAACAAAUGGUACUACAAUUGCUGGUAUAUCAGGCCAAGUUGGCAAUAAUUCAACUAUGCUUAAUUAUCCUGUUUCGGUAAUCCUUGAUAAUCAACUUAAUUUAUAUGUUAGUGAUUCAUUUAAUCAUCGAAUACAAAAAUUUGUCCGCUAUUAA